UGUUAUUUUAUCUUUAACUUCAUGUUAAUACUUAAUUGUUUUGUUGAUUUCUGAUGACUGAUCAUACACUUUAAAACCCGAGUGGCAACUUGUUUUUUUUAAGUAAGGAACAGAUCAACUGAAAUCUACACUGAAUAACUUGAAUAUGGCUUUAAUGUUUGAUUGCUACAAGUCCAGUUACUGUGAUGAGUGACACCGACGAUACCGACGUACUGCUGCUGAUACCGCCGAACUUCUUCCUCGUCAACAGCUCCGGCUCCGAGGAUUCCUUCCUGGAGUCCUCAAGAACUGUUGUACACAAACCGGUUUCGUGCACCGCACAAGUUCUAGGCAAACUGGUUAACCAAGUGCACUGCUUGGAAUCUCGGUUAGAAACUUUAGAACUCGACACCAGUGAGAUAUCAAGUGUAGGAACACGUAACAAAGUUUGGGAUACGGAUAGUUUCGAUAGUCGUAGCUUAGAUCGCAAGUGUUUCACUUUUCCACGGAGACGACGUCGUAAAAUACGGAGAGACACGAGUAAAGAUGCGUCUUUAACUAGUCUCGACACCGCUCGAGAAGCAGAGAAUUUACGAUUCGACUAUAAGUAUUGUAAAGUCGAUAAAUUAGAUGAUUCACACAGUAUGGACGGAGACAUCAGCAGCAUUGUAUCAACUCCGAGUAAACAGAAUGACAAACUCCUUCUACAUGAAAUAGAUGAGUUCUUAAAUAAAGUGGAAACAUACGAAAGUCCUGACUCAAAAAAUAGGGAACAAAUUCCAAUUACAUCAGAUAAUAUUCUGCAAGCAACAGGUGAUUAUAUCUCCAAUAAAUUAGAAGGCAAGAAUCAAGAUGAAAUACAGUUACCGAGUGGCAGGAUCGUUUCCAGUAGUGUUUUAGAUAAAUAUAUAUAUUUGGUAAAAACAGCAAACCAAUCACCACAGAGUACAUCUUCUGCAAGAAAUGAACAUGAACAUCCGAAAAGGUAUCAUGGCAGAAUGGACAAUCCAAAUUACUGUUCAAAACAGGAAACAAAAUCUCCAAGUAUCAGAAAACUUAAUUUCUCAGACACUAAAGAAGUUCAAACUACUUCAACACCAAAAAAAAAUACACAAACUUCAUAUUCAGAUACAUUUAAACCUUCAGCGAAUAAAAUUCUAGACAGAGCAUCCAAAGUUCUAGAGCAUUAUAAAUCUCAAAGUCGUAAUGUACAAAGUUCUAUGUCAGAUGCAAGUGAACUGACUAUGAAGAGGGAUGAAUUUGAAAAGAAAGAUGAGUAUAAUUUGAAGACAAAUGAAUACAAUAUGAAAAGGGAUGAAUUUAAAAUGCCUCAAAUGAGACCAUUUGGCUUGGACAGAGAGGGUUACAAGUUAGACUCAAUAGACACAGAUUUGUUGAGUUUGAGUGAGUUGUGGGGAGAGAGAGGGGACAGGGCAGAGAAGAUAGAUAGUAUAAAGUUAGAAGAAGAAAGGUUGAAAAGAGAACAUUGUGAAGCACUAAUACAACAAUUACAGAAGAAGAUUUUGGAACAGCAAGAGAAGUUGGCAGUUGCUGUCAAAGUGGACAAGGCGAAGGAUGCAGCUAUCCACAAGUUACGUGAGGCUUGGCUGCGCCUCACUGGCAGCUUGGACAGGGCAGAGGAACGACACAGGACUGCUUUGGACAAAAUGUUGAGAGAAGUUGAUAACUUUAAGAUGGUUGCGGGUGAAGCACAAAAGAAAACAACCCAUUUUGAAACAGAACUUUAUAAAGCUUUGGACUUAGCUCACGACUAUCAAGAUAAAUGCAAAAAAUUAACAUCAGAGAAAAAAGAGUUACAGGAGAACAUGGAGAGUGCUGUGGAAAGCAAAGAAGAAGCACUCAGACUGAAGGAGAAAGAGAUUGAAACUUUAAGAGAAAACUGUGAAACUGUCAUGAGACUGAAUAAACAGUCCACCGAUUGUGUUAAGAACUUAGAAGAUGCUUUGGAAAAGGAAAAAACAGACCAUGAAAUGACAAAAAGCAAGAACAUUGAACUGAUCCGCAAAAUGGAAUCUAUGAGUGACGAGAGGUGUACGGAACAACAAGAGAAAGAUGUUCUGAAGGUCAAGCUGAAUGAGGAGAGGUCUCGCUGCAACUUGUUGGAGAAACAGUUGUGUGAGGCGCAGAAUCAAGUUGCCGAGCUUGUGAAGAAAUGUGACGCGUUAGACGACGAAGCGAAGUCCCUCAGGAAGCACCUGGAGCUGCAGAAGGCGGAACUGAAGAGCCACUACCAGCAGCAGCUGGAGGACGCAGUGCUGGGCAAGCUGCAGGAGUUCCAGCGACAACUGGACCUGGCCGAGAGGGACAUGGAGAUGGCUGCGAGGAACAAGGAGAUUGCAGUCAUCGAGACCUACAAUAAGCAGAUUACUAGGAUUGAGGACCAGCACAAACUUGAGGUGCAAGUUCUAGAAGAGAAGCAGAAGGAAGAAAUCAAGUUGUACAGGUUGCAGCUUGCGCAGGCUAAUGAGAAAAUCAGUUUGCUUGAGAACAAAUUGGAGACGUACCGUCGCCGGCGCGGUCAGAUCGCGUCCCAGCUGCACUCGGUGAUGGAGGCGCAGUGGCGCCAGGCGCUGCUCAUCCUCACCACCGGGCACGCCGGCCUGCCGCCCCGCGCCGCGCCGCCCGCGCUCGACAGCACCGCGCCCGACUCCGUAGUGACCCCGCUGCCCCCGGCGCCGCACAAGGGCGCAGUGUCGCUGCCGCACGACGCGCCGCGCCGCGAGCUGCCGCACGACGCGCUGAGCGACCACGAGCUGCAGCAGUACGUCCAACUGCUCCUCACAAAGCCACCCAACUUCGAGGCGGACUCUCCCCCCGACCCCCGCGAGCACAAGAACUACAGCGAGGAGCCGACCAGCGACCGGCCCGACCGCCUGGACCGACGGGACAAAGUGAAGAGGAGUCUCCACCCGGGGAAACCACCCUGGAAAUCGUAGUACAUAAGAGAAUCAAUACUUUUGAACAUAAGUGGACCAAUGCAUAUUUUUAAUUUAUAUCAUGAGAAAUCUAUGUUUUUUCAUAAUUCCUUUCGCUAGAGACUGAUUUUUUUUAUUCAUUUAUUCUUUACAAUUUAACCCUUGACCACAAUACAAUCUCACCUGAUGGUAAGUGAUGAUGUAGUCUUAGAUGCAAGUGGGUUAACUUGUUAGGAGGAGGAUGGAAAUCCACACCCCUUUCGGUUUCCACACGGCAUCGUACCGGAACGCUAAAUCGCUACUAAACUGAUGCCUUAAAUACACUACUCACUUGGACGGUUCGACGAAGUCGCGAAGUUAGUAGUGUAGUAAAAAGUAGUUAGUUGUGUUCGAAGUGUCGUCUUCGAGUUCUUUGACUUGCGCAGAAAUCGAUUGGGUACUAUGACUUAAAUUUAAUAUAAAAAAUAUUAAUUUCGUAUAGUACUUAUUCAUAUAGGGAUCUUCUAAUAAAAAUACCAAUUUUAAUGAAAACCAAUUAAAGAUCACUUUAGAAGCUUAAGUUUAAAAAUUGCGUAUUUUAGGUUUCCAAACGCCAAAAACGCUUGGCCUAUUCAUGACGUCAUAGUCUUAGUAAACAUGAACACGUCAAACUAAAGGAUGUUCGAUUUCAUCAUCAUGGCAGAUAGCGUUUUCAGACGUUUCAUCAAAGGUAUAAAUUUAAUUUUGAAAGUAUUUAAGUUUCGAAAAAAAUAAAUUUGUUUUACGACUUAAUAUAAAGAUAAUGAACAAUUUAAGACUGUAUAAAAAAGUGUCUACACUAUCAUCAGCUUCGCGAGUAGUGUAUUGGGGGUGUUACUUUGAUCUUUACUUGUUUUUCAAAGGGUUGCGAUCAAACUGGUGACUAGAGACAUGAUUUCUCAUAAUGUGUCAUAGAAUAUUUAAAAAAUUGCAUUUAAUAUUUGGAUGGUGAAGGGUCGGAGACCCUUGGAACCUGCUACCUCCCAAAGUCAUGCUACAAAGUACAUAAAUAUUGUAUGACUUACCUAUAAUAUACCUAUAAUAGGAACAGGAGCUGAUCAACCAUCUGGGAGGCUAUUCUGUGACAAUAUUUUUAUCACUUCGAACUCGCAUCUAUCGCUCUCCGUCUAUAGUAUCAUGUUAAACAGAGAGAGAUAGAGAUUAAUUCGAAACUCGCGCUUGCGAGUUAUACAAUACAUUGUUACAGAAUAAGCCUCCAGGUGUCUGGUUAUCGCAAGCUCUCAUUUUACUUGUUAUUGACAGUGUCUUUAUUUUGUUACGUCAAACUUUCAUUUUCCAUAUAAAUGUUCAAAAACUCUUAGUAAAAUAAUAAUGAAUAUGUAACGGAGUAUCCCGCCACUUUAGAUGUAAGAAGUUUUCUAAUUUUAUAUUUAUUUUUGUAAAGUUAGUGAGAUACGUUUUUGUAAAGCAUUCCAUUAUAAAUGUGUUAAUAAAAUGUUUAUUAUAAUAAAAUUUUAUUUUCUUAAGAAUAA